UAUUAAAAUUCUCAGCUUUACUGUUACUUUUGUAAUAAAAUCCCAAUGUUUGUCAGAAGCGACUUUAGGGUCGCAUUAAGAAAUGAUCGCAAACUAUGACUUCUGUAUGCCAAAAUCCAUAUUUGACGUACGGGAGUCAUUUGCAACGCUAAGUCUCGUUUGCGAACUCCCUUACUUGUCUUCUUUCUCAAUCUUUUGUUGAAUAAGAAAAUAUAAUAUUAGAUAAAAAUUUAAACAAUGAACCCUUCAUAUACUACACAUCCUUUGGUUCACCUGUCACAAAUCCACGAAAAAACGAAAAAGAUCUAUAACAUAUAAAUGUGGUAUGAAUUAAGAUUCACAGACUACGAAUAUUUGUAAUAAAAAAAAUUUAUUGACUACAGAUAAUAUUACGUAGACAACAAACAUAUUUUAAAACAUAUCUUUUAUGUUGAAACAUUGCAUUUAUUUAUAACCAUAAACCAGUUAUCAGAGUUGAAUGUUGUUUGACCGAAGAUGACACAUCUCGGGUUAUGGUUUUAUUUGUGUAUUAAUUACGUGUUAUCUCAUAAAUUAAAUGACGUGUUCACAUGGAAACAAUUGAAUUAUGACAUUAACGGUGUUUUUUAUAGGAAAAAUGAAAAUUUCGAAAGACGACCAGACGGCGUUUAUUUUGACGACGAACUGGAGGAAAGGGACAAAUUCUUUAUACAAUACAAUAACGUACCUAUAGGGUUUGAAUACGAUGGACAUCGUGUGUUUGUCACCGUCCCGCGACGAAGGCACGGUAUCCCAUCAACAUUGAAUUAUGUGCGUCUUGGGGACAAAUCACCAUCACUACAUCCAUAUGCAGCUGGUACUAAACUGAUCUCCGUAUAUAGACCAAGAAUAGACGUGUGUCAACGACUCUGGAUGGUGGAUACUGGACUUCUCGAAGUUCCUGGUGAAAGGCAGCAGGUCCAGAAACCGUCGAUUGUGAUAUUUGAUUUGAAAACUGAUAAACAGAUAUUGAAACAUGAACUCAAAGACAGUGACUUAUUCAGCGAAAGGACUUCUGGAGGUCUCACGUCAAUAACUGUGGACGUAAACAAAUCAAAAUGUAACGAGGCAUUCGCAUAUAUAACGGAUUUAGCUACAAAUAGUAUUGUAGUGUUUUCCCUGAGCACUAAAACCACUUGGAGGAUCGAAGACCCAUCAUUUGUGUUUGAUGAGACAGCUUUGAAUUUUACAGUGGCAGGCCAUACAAUUAGUUGGCCUGAUGGUAUAUUCAGCUUGGCAUUGGUGGAUUUAAAUGGACGAACAAUGGGGUAUUAUCAUCCUUUAAUGUCCACAAAUGAAUACAUGAUAGACACUGGAUACUUGAAAAACAAUUCGUUUCAAGGAAAUGCUAAGCUGUUAGGCAACCGCGGUCCUAAAACGCAAAGUGGUAGUCACGCCUACCACGAGAAGUCGAAAACAAUUUUCUUUGCGAACGUUGCGAAUGACGCCAUCUUGUGUUGGAAUGUGGAAACGAAAAUGGCGCCCGAAAAUGUAGCCAUUGCGGCGCAAGAUCACGAGAAAUUAGUGUAUAUUUCUGAUUUGAAGGUGAUCGGUGACGAGGUAUGGGUCUUAGUGAAUCAGAUUCCAAGAUUCGUCUUCUCCACAUUGGAUACGAAAGAACCCAAUUAUUUUAUACAUAGGUCCCAAGUCAAAAAUUUGAUUCGAGGCACCGUUUGUGAUAGAAAAUAUUAAGCUAAAUAUCAUAAUGCUACCCCAUUGUUUCUGGGUUUCAAAUUUGUAACUUGUUAUUAAAUAAAAUUAUUUGAA